GCAGCGGGUCGGGUGACCCUCGGCCGGUCCUCGGACCGCAAGGCUUGCGGCUCCGGUGGGCACCGGCCGGCCGCCGGGCCUCUGGAUCCGUCCGAGGGGCACAUCCUCGAAAGCUUGGGGCUCGACGCCCCAGGGCGGGUGCGGCAGCUGCAGCUUCGUCUCCUAGAUACAUUCCUCGAGGUCAGGACGGUUUCUCCAGGGCCUGGCACGUGAACCAGCAGAAGCUCUGAGAUCACAUGUCGUUGGCUCUGAGUGGGUCAUGCGCCCCAAGACGCUCUAAGACAGCCCUGGUUCCCGAGGCCUGGUGCCCUUGUGCAGGGCUCGACCUCCACAGCUGGACAAAGUAGUCCUCGAGGCCCCCAGUGACCCUCAGACCGGCAGAAUGCAUGACUGGCACAGGAUCUUUGACCAAAACCUGCUGGUCCCUCCCCACACACAGAGAGCACGCCAGCCUCUAAAGGAAUCGACGGCAUUUCAGUGUGUCCUGAAGUGGCUUGAUGGCCCGCUAAUUAAGCAGGGUGUGCUGGAGGUGCUGUCGGAGGUGGGCUGCCACCUGCGAGUGUCCCUCUUUGACGUGACCUACCGACACUUCUUCGGGAGGACUUGGAAGAGCUCGGCGAGGCCCGUGGAGCCGCUCUGCAGGCAGCCCCCCAGGAUCGUCUUCAGUGAGCCCUUCUAUUUUCACACGUCCUUGAACCACCCUAACGUCGUGGCCGUGGUGGAAGUGGUCACUGAAGGCAGGAGACGGGACGGGACCCUUCAGACUUUGUCCUGUGGGUUUGGAAUCCUUCGGAUCUUCAGCAACAACCCGGAAUCUCCUUCCUCUGCCCCCCAGGACAAACGGUUGAGACUGUAUCACGGCAGCCCCCGAGCCCUCCUGCACCCGCUUCUCCAGGACCCCAUAGAACAAAACAAGCACAUGACCCUCAUUGAGACCUGCAGCCUGCAGUACACGCUGAAGCCACACCCGCUCCUGGAGCCCGUGUUCCACCUUCUUCCCGAGAACCUUCUGGUGUCUGGUCUGCAGCAGAUACCUGGUCUCCUUCCAGCUCAUGGAGAAUCGGGGGACGCCCUCCGGAAGCCUCGCCUUCAGAAGUCUCUCACGUGGUACCUGGACGAUUUGUUCUUCACGCUGUAUCCCUCCCUGGAGAAGUUUGAGGAGGAGCUUCUGGAACUUGUGAUCAGCGAUCACUUCCGGGAGGCGGGCAGCCCGCUGGACAGCGGUGUCCUGGAGAUCUUGGAGCGGCGCCUGUGCGUGGGCGUGCACAAUGGGCUGGGCUUCGUGCAGAGGCCACAGGUGGUGGUGCUGGUGCCUGAGCUGGAGGUGGCCUUGACGCACUCUGCCAGCUUCAGCCGGAAAAUUGGCGCCUCUUCGAAGGCCAGAUCUGGAAACCACACUCUGGUCUUGAGAAGCCGCCUCCAGCUCCCUGAGAUGGUCUGUCACCCCGCGUUCACCAUCGUCUUUCAGCUGGAGUACGUGUUUAACAGCCCUUCGGGAGCGGACGGCAACGCAGCUUCGGUCACCUCCUUGUCGAACCUGGCGUGUAUGCACAUGGUGCGCUGGGCUGUCUGGAACCCCGUGCUGGAAGCCAGCUCCGGGCGGGUGAUGUUACCUCUACAGGGUGGGAUCCAGCCCAACCCCUCUCACUGUCUGGUCUAUAAGGUACCCCCAGCCAGCAUGAGCUCCGAAGAGGUGAAGCAGGUGGAGUCGGGGACAGUCCAGUUCCAGUACUCACUGAGCCCUGAAGGACACCCGGACACGCCCGUGGAGCACGCCAUUCGCCCCAAGGCAGAGCAGCGGCCUUCCAGGAAGCCACCCACCUCCCCUUCAAGCCUGCCAGCACCACCGCCCCGGGGGCUCACCACCCCCCAGGACUCGCCAGUGGGACCAGGGCUGUCGCUUUCCCAGCUGGCGGCUUCCCCACAGUCCCCAGCUCAGUGCCGCGCGGCUGAAGCCUCGUCAAAGCCACCGGGGAGCCCCACGCUCUCCCUGGCCCCGGGGGAGUUCCCCUUGGAGGGCAGGAUCUCUCACCUGGAAGCUGACCUGAGCCAGACGGCCUUGGUCGCGGGCACAUCCACUGCUGAGCAGUUGCAGGAGCUGCCUUUCACACCUGUGCACGCCCCGAGCAUCGUGGGAGCCUGGACCAGGAGCUCUGGAGGGAAGCCGUCACGAGCCUCCCUAGCGCUACUGCGGUCCGCCGGCUUUCCCGAGAUUCUGGACGCCAAUAAGCAACCAGCCGAGGCCGUGAAUCCUACAGAUCCCGUGAAGUUCAGCCCUCAGAAGGAAGAAUCAGACUGUCUGCAAAGCAACGAGAUAGUGCUACAGUUUCUUGCCUUUAGCAGGGUGUCCCAGGAUGACCAGGCAGCGCCGUGGCCACAGACUGUAUAUUUCACCUUCCAGUUCUACCGCUUCCCCCCCGAGACAACGCCGCGGCUGCAGCUGGUUGAGCUGGACGAGGCCGGGAAGACCAGCUCGGCCUCCCUGCCCCACCUCCUCGUCCUGAUUCACAAGGACGGCUCCUUUGAUGCGGGGUCUCCGGGCUUUCAGCUGAAGUACCUGGUGGACCCUGGAUUCCUGAGACCCGGGGAGCAGCGCUGGUUCGCCCGCUACCUGGCCAUGCAGACCCUGCAGAUCGACAUCUGGGACGGAGACUCCCUGCUUCUCAUCGGGUCCGCCGCCGUUCAGAUGAAGCACCUCCUCCGCCAAGGGCGCCCAGCCGUUCAGGUCUCGCAUGAGCUUGAGGUCGUGGCGACAGAGCACGAACAGGACACCAUGGUGGUGAGUGGAGACGUGACCAGGUUUGGCUGCGUCAAGCCCAUCAACGUCCACACGGUGGUGAAGGGCCGGCUGCACCUGACCUUGGCCAACGUGGGUCACUUGUGUGAACGGAGAGUGAGGAGUCCCAGCUCACUGCCACCUUCCAGGUCACGGGUCAUCUCGAAUGACGGAGCCACCGGCUUCUCGGGAGGUGGCCUUCUCACGCCCGGGGCUCCCAGACCAGUGAAAAAUGUGGUCCAAGCGCAGAAGCUGGCCGACGUGGACAGUGAGCUGGCCGCCCUGCUCUUCUCGCCCCCGUGGCCGGGGACCCCGCGGCCCCAGGGCGCCGGCCGCGAGGGGGACGCCGUCCGCAGGCGCAAGCUGGAGCGCAUGCGGGCCGUGCACCUGCGGGAGCGCGGAGCCGAGCCUGGCCGCUGCGGGCUGGGUGCGCUGGCCCAGCAGAGCAUCCGUGCCCAGCACGCUCGGGACCUGCAGCUCAUCGCCGCCUACCGGGAGCGCACCAAGGCCGAGAGCAUCGCCAACGCGCUGAGCCUGGCCAUCACCACGCGGCACACCAUCCGUGCCACGCUGGGCGCCGCCGAGUUCUUCGAAUUCGCUCUCAGGAACCCCGACAACACGCAGCACACCGUGACCAUCGCGAUUGACAGCGCUGAGCUCAGCCUCAUCCUGGACGGUCGGGAGUGGCGGUACUUCAAAGAGCUGGCCGGCCUGCACACGCCCCUGGAGGAGGACAUGUUCCACCCGCGGGGCAGCCUGACCCCCCAGCUCUUCCUACGCCCCCGGGAGAUGGUUCACAUCCCCUUCAAGUUCCAGACCUUCUCUGCGGGUCCGCGGGCCUCGGCGCAGGCCUCUGCUGAGCUGAGAUUCGAGAAGGACAUGGGCGCUGGGUCACCUCCUAAGUCCAGCAUGAUGCCCACCAAACACGCCAAGGUUCUGUUCCGCGCAGGCAGCGGCAAGCCCCUCGCCGUGCUCUGCCUGACCGUGGAGCUGCAGCCCCACGUGGUGGACCAGGUCUUCCGCUUCUACCACCCGGAGCUCACCUUCCUGAAGAAGGCCAUCCGCCUGCUGCCCUGGCACACGCUUCCAGGUGCUCCCGUGGGGAUGCCCGGGGAGGACCCCCCGGUCUACGUACGAUGUAGUGACCCGAAUGUCAUCUGCGAGACCCAGAACAUGGGCCCCGGGGAGCCCCGAGACGUGUUCCUGAAGGUAGCCAGUGGUCCCAGCCCGGAGAUCAAAGACUUCUUUGUCACCAUUUAUGCGGACCGCUGGCUGGCGACGCCCGUCCAGACCUGGCAGGUCCACCUCCACUCCCUGCAGCGCGUGGAUGUCUCCUGUGUCACAGGCCAGCGGACCUGCCUGGCCCUUGUCCUUCGGGGGAUGCAGACCGUUAGGAAAGUGAAGGCUUUCAGCUCCCACCCCCAGGAGCUGACGACGGACCCCAAAGGCGUCUUCGUGCUGCCCCCUCACGGGGUGCAGGACCUGCACGUGGGCGUGAGGCCCCGCAGGGCGGGCAGCCGCUUCGUGCACCUCAACCUGGUCGACGUGGACGCCCACCAGCUGGUGGCCUCGUGGCUCGUGUGCCUCUCCUGCCGCCCACCCCUCAUCUCCAAGGCCUUUGAGAUCACACUGCCUGCCGGGGGCGGGAAGGGCGCCAACAAGCGCAUCACCUACACCAACCCCUACCCCUCCCCGAGGGCCUACCGCCUGCACAGCGACCACCCGCGCCUGCUGCAGUUCAAGGAGGACGCCUUCCAGGUCGGGGGAGGCGAGACCUACACCAUCGGCCUGCGGUUUGCGUCCCGUCAGGAGGCCGGGGAGGAGGAGAUUCUGAUUUACAUCAAUGACCACGAAGACAAAAACGAGGAGACGUUUUGUGUGAAGGUCAUCUACCAGUAAAGGAGCGCUGGGGGCCGUCCUUGCUGCUGUUCGGGGUCAGGCGGCUGUCCCGGAACUUGGUCCCGUGGACUUGGCCGAGGGAGGGGGGUCGCCGUGCCCCUAACCGUUUGCGAUGCUCCCACCCGGUCAAGCUGCUGCCGGUACCACCCGCGUAGCAGCCCCACGGGAGUCCUGACCGUGAACGUGCGCGCCCACUGUACCCGGGGCCCGUUUCUCUCUGCGGCAUGCGGGGGAUUGUCACCGUCUGUGACGUUAGGAUUUACUGUCAGCAAAAUGUAUUUUCUGAAUCAUUUUAAAUGAUAAAAUUAUGUUUUUUUAACUGAGUUUUAUACAAACACUGUAUUAUUUGCUAUGUAAUGUUUUUUUAUGCUGGUAUUGUU